AUGUCUAUUAGAGCUCAACCUCAGGAUGAUGGUGGUAACACUUACUUCCAGGAUACUGGAUUUGUAUCUGACACUGGUAUCCAGGACACUGGUUUCAUCACAACAACUGAUUUCGUUUCAACAACUGGUUUCAUCACAACAACUGGAGGUAUUCAAGACUCUGGUUUCAUCACAUCAACCGGAGGUAUCCAAGACACUGGAGUAUUCACCAGUGGUGGAGCUGGUUGUGGUUGUACCUACACAUGCGACAAUGGUAUCAUUGGAGCUGACGGUCUAGGUAACACAAUCACCAAGUUCACCUGUAUGAUCAUCAACAACGGUGGAGCUGUCGACCAUAUCGAUGUCACCAUCCAAAACGCAGCCAACCUUGUCUCCCUUGACGGUCUCCAAACCUCUGACGGUGUCCACUUUGACUUCCAACCAUCCCGUGUUGGUUCACCAUUGCAAACCGGUAAUGCUCACCCAUUCGAAUACAUCGUCUCUGGUACCACCCCACUCAGAUUCAACAUUGACUGUGAACCAACAACUGGACAUGUCACCUCUGGUCACACCUCUGGUCACACCUCUGGUCACACCUCUGGUCACACCUCUAGUCACACCUCUAGUCACACCUCUAGUCACACCUCAAGCAGCUGUGCCCUCUCCAACUCGUGUCAAGUCGGUUCCUCAUACCAACAAAACGGUCAAACCUACACUGUCUACAACUGUAUGAUCCUCAACAACGGUCCAGCCGUCUCCCACACCUCAAUCCAACUCCUCAACAACGCCAACUUGGUCGCUGUCGACGGUCUCCAAACCUCAGACGGUAUCAACUUUGAUUUCUCUCCAUCCCGUGAUUCAUCACCAUUGCAAACCGGUCACGGUCACCCAUGGUCAUACACUGUCGUCGGUAACCAACAAAUCACUGUCCAAAUCUGCGGUGGAUCAUCAUCUGGUUCAUCUUCCUCCUCCUCCUCCUCCUCCUCAUCUUCCGGUUCAAGCACCGGUGGUUGUGCCCUCUCCAACUCAUGUCAAGUCGGUUCCUCAUACCAACAAAACGGUCAAACCUACACUGUCUUCAACUGUAUGAUCCUCAACAACGGUCCAGCCGUCUCCCACACCUCAGUCCAACUCCUCAACAACGCCAACUUGGUCGCUGUCGACGGUCUCCAAACCUCAGACGGUAUCAACUUUGAUUUCGCUCCAUCUCGUGAUGCUUCCCCAUUGCAAACCGGUAACGGUCACCCAUGGUCAUACACUGUCAAGGGUAACCAACCAAUCACUGUCCAAGUCUGCGGUGGUUCAUCAUCUGCUCCAUCCACCUCCACCACUGGUUCAGUCACCACCUCCACCGGUUCCUCUGGUUCCUCAUGUAAUCUCGUCAACCAAUGUGAGUUGGGUAACACCUACCAAAAAGACGGUGAAACCCUCUCCAAAUUCUUCUGUAUGAUUCUCAACAACGGUCCAACCAUCACCCACACUUCAGUCCAAUUCUUGAACAACCUCAACUUGGUUGCUGUCGACGGUCUCGCCACCUCUGACGGUCUCAACUUUGACUUCUUCCCAUCCCGUGAAAACUCACCAUUGCAAACCGGUAACGGUCACCCAUUCACCUACACUGUCAAGGGUACCAACCCAGUCACCGUCCAAGUCUGUAAUGGAUACUCCUCAACUGGAUCCUCCUCAUCUACCUCCUCAUCGUCGUCCUCCUCAACCACCGGUUCAGCCACCACAAGUGGAGUCGCCACAACUGGUUCCGUCACCGGAUCAUCUGGAUCAUCUUCAACCACCGGUUCAGUCACUGGAUCAUCUGGAUCAUCUUCCACCACUGGAGGUCAAUGUAUGUGCCCAUGCCAAUGUCCAUCGACCACCGCCUCAACCACCACUGGAGGUAACUCAAGUGUCUGUGAUGCCUCAUACUACCAAACCAACUACAACACCUGGACUGGUCCAGACGGUAAGACCUACUCACAAUUCGAUAUCACCUUGAAGAACAUCGGUACCCAACCACUCAAGUCAGUCAUUGUCUACGCUGCUUUGGAGCCAUUCAACAACUACUGGGGUGCCCUCAAGAAGGAAGCUCACAACUACGAUAUCUCUGCUGAGAAGGCCGCUCAAACCAUCGCUGUCAACGAUCAAUACCAAUGGAGUUACGUCGUCGAAGGUUCUGCCCCAUCUGCCCUCAACAUCGUCUCAGUUGCCUGUUAA